AUGUCGAAGAAUGCGGUCCCUGGCUUCGGUAGCCCCAAUGCCGUCUAUGAUAAUGGACCCUGCUACCCCCUCAACGACGUCGUUGGCCCUAAUGUAGACUACGAUCAUGGCAACAACGCUGUUCAAAAUACUGGGUAUGGCGGUAACCCUGUCAACGAGAUUUUGAACCCUUUCGGCACCACCACUGCUCCCAACAUAGUCUAUGACGGAUGCAACAACACUGCCAAUGAUGCUUUCAACCGUGACUUGAGCCCCUUGGGUGGUCUCACCGUUCCCAUUGGAGGUUAUGGUCAAGGGAACUAUACCAGUGAAGGUGGUACCUACAGUGGACUCUACCCCGUCUUCGACAUCGGUGCUACAGGCGCAGUCUACGAUUAG